CGGGCGUGGGGCACAGUGCGAGGCGUGUCGCAGCGCGGCGUGGCGGGGCGCGGCGGGGCAGGGCGGCGGUUUGGUUUGUCAGAUUGCGCGGGCGGCAGGGCAGCGUAGGGCGGUCUGCUCGUGCCGGACAGAGACACGCGGCGCUUCGCGAGGGGCACGACAGGCGACCGACCUGGGCGUUGGGCACGACGCGCAGGACGAGCGGGGGGCGAGCACCGGGAGCGCGCCGGGGCCGGGGCGAGUCCAGUCGGUCCAGUCCAGGGUCCAUAGGUCCAGGGGGAGGGGGGCAGCCACCGCCACCGAGACCAACUCAGCUGAGCAAAGCUACCUCGACCUCGACGCCCAGCCGGUGCAGCCCGCCUGGCCGGCCGACGACGAGGCCCUCAGCGCGGCUCGCAGCCUCCGGCCCGGCUCCAGGGUGUCUCCAGGCGCCCUCACCAUGGCCCUCAGCGUCGCCAGCGUCAUCCUCACAGCCGUCUUUGUAUUUGGAUCUGCCAGCAGCUGGAAGUAUCCUGAUAAUGAAGGCAACGGUUGGUCCGGGCUCUGCCGGAACGGCACGGAGCAGAGUCCCAUCGACAUCCUGUACGGAGACAAGGGGGUCACGACCCCGGUCUCGUACGAGCCGCUCGUGUUCGUCAACUACGACAGCCUCGUCAACUACAACGUCACCAACAAUGGCCACACGGCGGUGCUCACGGCCCAGAACACGUGCGCCGUGUACAUAUCGGGCGGCGGCCUGCGCAAGCUCUACAAGCUGGAGCAGAUGCACUUCCACUGGGGCUCAGAGCACCUGGUGAACGGGCAGCGCUUCGCGCUGGAGCUGCAUCUGGUGCACUACGACGCCAACUACGCCAGCCUGCAGGAAGCUCUGGGCAAGAACAACAGCCUGGCUGUGAUCGCCGUUCUGUUCCGGCAGGACAAGUCGGACCUGCCCAACAUCGAGCUGAAGCAUGUGACGUCCGGGCUGCGGGCCGUGACGGAGCCGGGCCGGACGGCGCAGCUGGCGGCGCGCUUCAGCCCGGGCAGCCUGCUGCCCACGGACACGGAGCGCUGGUGGCGCUACGCCGGCUCGCUCACCACGCCGGGCUGCGACCAGGGCGUCGUCUGGACCGUGUUCCGCGACACACUGCCCCUGGCCCGCGACCAGAUCAAGGAGUUCCAGCAGCUGCUCAUGCACUCGGCCGGCCCCUCAUCGUCGGCCGAGUUCAUGCUUAAGAACUUCCGCGCACCGCAGCCGGUCAAGCAGCGCGCCGUCUACUACCAGGACCCCGUGGAGCACACCAAGUGCGGGGCAGCGGUCGGCUCUGCGCCCCUCGCCGUCCUCGCCGUCCUGCUCGCCUGCGUGGUCCUCGGGCGGUCGUGAGCGGGCACCGGCGUGUACCCAGUGACAGCCCAGUGACACCGGCACCAGCCUCACUGCCGCCCGCCUUGAGCUAGACCAUCCCUGAGGCGACCAUCGCCCACCGACUCUGGCACGGUCUUCGCCUCCCCUAUGCAGGGCAGGGUACUGAACACUCAACUGGUGAGGGCCUCCCCUGGUAGGGUAGUAGCCGUGGCGAGGGUGGGAUCCGCGAGUUUCCUGCAGAAGCAGUGUGAGCCUGUAGGAGAUCGUCUAUCUCUCUCCCUUUCGGAAUCAGGCACGAAAGAAAAUUCGAAAAGCAAACCUAAGACUCCUCUAGCGCUCUGACCGCGGAAAAGAUUCGCAUCGCGCUAGUUUACCUAUUUCAAAAAAUUCAGAAAAAUACUGAUUUUACACAAGAGACUUGAUGUCAGGACUGGAUGCUGCAGUUGCAAGCUUUGUGCUUUGAUGAAAUAUGACCUAUUGUGAUUUAAGAUAAACUCAUGUUUGUCUUCUUAUCAUUCUAAUCUUUAUACCAUCUCUUAAUCAAAUGUAAAUGUAUGAGAUAUUACAUCUCUUAAUAUUAAUCUACAUAAUACAUUCAUGGCUUACAUUCCCAUUAAUUUAGUUGUUUAGAGGAAAAUUUUCAUGAUAUUUCAGACAUAGUCCUAAAAAAUUCCACUGGGAGACUUAAAAUUUCACCACUUGCAGUGAUAGGAGUCCACUCUUGGUCAUUCAUAAAUUGUUACAGCAUUUUUAUUGCCAUUCCUGAGUGAUUUACUAUUUUACUAUUCAUGUACUUAAGAAAUGUAUAAUAAAAUGACAGUAACAUAGGCUUUAGCAGUUUUGAAAUGUAUCAACUAGAACCUACAGGUUCUGAAUCAGGAAAAACUGAGGAGUAAAUUUAACAUGAAGAAUGGAGAGAUCGGUGCUAUGCUGAGCUGAGGUCAAAUGAACCUUGUCACAUAAAAUAUUUAAACAAAUGAUGGUACAUUGAAAACAUUUUAUUCGUUAUCAUGUUAGUAAUUUCAAAACUUUCACAGAAUUAAAAUGCAUUAAGACACACCAUGGAAACCACAAAGCUCCCUUUAGCAAAGUCAUGUCAACUAAAAGAAUGAUUUUCCUGCAAAUACACACUUAAAGUUAUGAAAAGGAUAGCAAAACAAGCUUAACUUUUUCCUUGAAAUCACAGGAAUUAAUAUUAAAGAGUGUCAUUUUGUUAUGCUACAAUUUUGAAACUAACAAAUAUGAAAUACUAAACUACAUGCUGAAUUUGAUCUGUUAAACUACUGUGUUGAGGCAUAAUAAUGUAGCUUGGUGCAGAUCAUAAGUAGACUUCUGGAGUAAAACAAUAAAAAAAAAAAAAAA